AUGAACGUCAUCUGGAUUGUUGCGGACACCUUCCGCAGGGAUCACAUCGGCGCUUACGGCAAUCCGACCAUUCGAACGCCCUCCCUCGAUACGCUGGCGGCCAGAUCGAUCCGGUUCGAACAGCACUACUCGGCCGGAUUUCCCACCAUGCCCACCAGGGCGGACCAUCAAACGGGCCGCUGGACGAUGUCAUUCAUGGGGUGGGAGCCUCUACCGGCGGAAGUGACCACUCUGGCGGAUCUGCUGGCUGGCCGCGGCUUUCAUACGGCGGCAUCGGUGGACACCCCCUACUAUUUGAGGGAUGGGAUGAACUACGACCGGGGGUUUCAGUCCUUCUUCAUGAACCGAGGGCAGGAUACCCUGUGGUCUAUGAUCCCGCAGCCCGGCUAUCAUCACGAAUCCCAGGACGUCCGGGCAGCAUGGCGGUACGAAUCGGACCACAACGCCCCGCGCACCUUCAUGACGGCCAUGCGGUGGUUGGAGCAACACUACAAGGAGGACUUUUUUCUCUACGUUGACACCUGGGAUCCCCACGAACCCUGGGACGCGCCUUCCUAUUACACGGAACUCUACCGGCCCGAAUACAACGGCGAGUUGGUGCUUCCGUUGUACGGAAAUUGGCACGAUGUGCCCGGAUACGAGGAGGACACGUUGCGGAAGGGUCAUGCCACGUAUUGCGGCGAGAUCACCAUGGUCGACACGUGGCUGGGAUUCCUGUUGAAGUCGGUCGAGAACAUGGGCCUGACCGACCGGACUGCGGUGAUUUUCACCACGGAUCACGGCUUUUACUUUGGGGAGCACGGCGGCCUUUUUGGCAAGAUGAACUCUGGCAAGUUCCCGGACGGGACCCUCCGGCCAUACGGAGAGCCGGGAUCGACCUGGGCCCAUUCUCCCCUUUUCGAGGAGCUCAUCCACAUCCCGCUUUUGAUCCGCGUGCCCGGACUGCCCGUGGGAGUGUACCAGGGCCUGAGCUCCGCGAUAGAUGUCAUGCCGACCGUGCUAGACCUCAUGGAGAUGGACAUCCCCGAUUUCGUCCAAGGCAGGUCUCUCGCGCCCGGGAUGAGGGACGGUUCGAUUUCGGGGAGGGAGUACGUGAUCAGCAGCAUUCCCUUCGCGAACCCGGGUGAUCCGGUCCAUUCCGUGGACAACCUGCUCCGUCCCCUCUCGGAUUAUCCCGUCACCACCGUCACCUCCGGAGAGUGGAGCCUACUCUACAGCCCCCAGGAGGGUGUCUCGGAGCUCUACCAUCUGACCUCCGAUCCGCGCCAGCUCCAGAACGUGAUAGGAACCCACGGGGACAUUGCGCGGGAAAUGCAUCAGUUCCUGGUCAGGUUCAUGCGCGAGACCCAGGUGCCCGACCGCCUGCUGACACCUCGAUUAGACCUGCGAAUUUAG